AGUUUGUGUUUCUUUGCUGUGCGUACUGACGUGUCCGCUCCCACUGUACGUCCUACUGGUUGUUUUUUUUUGUGAAUGUCUUUUGGGGUUUGCGGAAGCUAAGGUCAGCGCUGCCUAGCUCUGACAGCUAGCUCGUUAGCGCGUCAAAGCUAACACGCCAGUCGUGAGAUGUGUGACUUUGAUUUGAGCCAGCCAUUUUCUACAGACUGAGGAACCUCGGCUGUUUUGAUCACUCUCUGCCCUGCGGCUACAUCGGUCACACGACAGUCGUUGACAUUCCAGGGAGACAGGGGACCAGCGUGUGUAAGCGUCACAUGUGUAUGUUUGCUACCGAUAGUUAGCGCUUGAACAGAAGUCACUGACGUUGGCGAGCAUGUAACUGUGACCGCCCGGACCCCUGGACAUGUGCGUCUCUGCUGAGUGUUAUUGGACUCAUUGAUCAUGGAUAAACUGGGAUGGGCUUUCACAUCACCUGUGUCAUAUUGUCAUUGGGUGAAAGGCAGCUAGCGUUUCCUGGUUGUCUCUCAGGUGCCAGGGUGUCCCCCGUCUCCAUGCGUAGUCCCUAAUGGGCGGCUGGUCUCGCAGUGCGGUGCUGGAGCUGUACAGGGCGCUGCUCCGUGCAGGGCGUCACCUGCAGUACACGGACCGCAAUUACUAUCGCCGCGCCGUGGCUCGCGAGUUUCGCCGCUGCCAGGCGCUGACGGUACCCGAGGACAAGGAGGACGCACUGAAGAAGGGCCAGUUCUUCCUCAGUAGCCGACUGGGUGGGCUUAUGUAGGGGGAAGCGGGGGGGGGGUCACAGGUCAUCUGCAGGUGGGUAAGAGGUUGUCCGGAGGCGCAAUCUCCCAGUGGCAGGAUGGCAGGGGUCAAUGGAGACCGCAAAGGGAAGAAGGAUGACAAUGGUAUCGGCACAGCCAUUGAUUUCAUGCUUUCCAAUGCUAAGCUUGUGCUGGGGGUGGGCGGAGCGGCAAUGCUCGGCAUUGCAACACUA